GUUAAAAAUAAAUAACAAAUAACAUUCAUAAAUAAUCUUGUAGUCCCCUCAUAACAAACAAGUAAAAUUAUUUUGUUUACUUUUAAUUUUGGUUGUAUUAUUGUUUUAUUUAAAAUUACUGUUGCCUAUUCUUGUAAUGCUUAGUUCAAAUUUGCUGCUGAAAUGUAGAAGUAAAAUCUUGUUGAGACCAUGUGUCUAUUUGGUGAACCAAACAGCCCUUUCAUCUCAACUUAUAGAGAUAGGACAUCUUGAGAAACCGAAAACUACCAGUAACUAUGAGACAGGACAGUUAUUCCUACAUAAAGUGUGGGGUUAUCGGGGAAUCAUUCUCUUUCCCUGGGUUGCACGAAUAUUUGAUAGAGAUUUGAAAGACUGUUCUGAAGAAAUCAAGUAUAAUCUCACAUUUCUUGGAGGCAGAGAGGUUAAGUGUAGCACAGAGAACUACUACCAGGUCCUGAUAGACUGCCGGGACCGCCCGUACAUCAGAGCUCAGACCGAGGCAGUGACAUUCAUGGGUUGUGCCAGCAGUAGCUAUAGGCUACUGCAAUCUGUUCCAGGCCUGGACUACACGGCUCACAGAGACAUCCUGCCGUACACUGCUACAGAGAAACUGCCUCUGAAACAUGAAAUGUUCGACAGUUUCUUCCUCUACAAACCGAACAAAGAUCCGAAUAUAGAAGCAAAGGACUCGUUAAAGGUCUGGAAGAACAACAACGUGAGUUGGCUGAGGAUAUCAGAUGUCCAUAAAGAGACAACAGAGGAAGUGAGGAUCACAGCGAUACCGUUUUUCAUGGGUUGCCGAAGGAUGCCAGAAACUACAUUAUAUUCCUGGAGAUACUGCAUUCGACUGGAGAACUUGAGUGACAUGUCACUUCAUUUCAAGAGUCACACCUGGAGAAUAUUUAGUAUGUCAGGGUUGACGGAGACGGUGAAAGGCAAGGGAGUGAUGGGCCAAGAACUGUCACUGGAUAAGUAUUCUCCCUCAUUCCAGUAUUGUGGCCAUGUCAACCUGUCUACACCGUACGGUCACAUGAGUGGCUCUUUUCAAGUGAACAGAGAGGAUGGCUCUUCGUUUGAUUGCCUUGUUCCAUUAUUUCUUCUUGAAACUAAAAUAAACCAAGAUGAUACUCUUUUUUAACUCAGUUGAUUUGUAAUAAUAAAUAAUUGCUUUUGUGUUA